AAAAGAAGCUGAGCAUUGCAGCAUGGCAAAGAGGCCUGCCGAUCAUCCUCCAGCUUACUAACCUUCACCAAAUGGACCCAUUUUGUUUCAUUUAGGGUUAGGAGGUUUAGGAUAAGAGCACUAGUACUAUCAAAGACCAAAAAAAUACAAAAAUUAGACAGAAGGCUCCACUGAGGCCAGUGUGGGGACCAUGUCUAAGUCAGGCAAGAUCCUGCACCUGUAUGUGGAGGUGAGGUCUGUCCCAGGGAAGGAGCUGGAAGGUGGUGUGGAGGGGAUGCACCCACUAGUGCUCCAAGGGCCUGACAUCCUACCUCAGUCCCAGUGCACCCCCAGCCACUCUACCUCCACCUCUACCUGUACCUGCACUUGCCCAUCCACCUCCACCCCCAGCCCAGCCUCCAUGUCCCCAGGGGUGUUGCAUAAAGAUGGGGGCAGCAGUCCCAGCCUCACCUCCAAGUCCUCCUCCAGACAAUCUGUCAGUUUCCAGCUGGACCUACCGGACAACUCCGGACUGCCCACACACCACGAGCAGCGUCUGCCUUAUGAGGGGAUUGGUCAGCUGCUCUCCAAUCUCCAGCCUGCACCCAAUGGGCCGCAGCAUGACAGUCUGGUGCUCACCCGCUCCUCAGACAUUGAGCACUACCACAGGAGGGUGCCCCUAUCCCCUGCCUCCUCUGGGAGAAUAACGUCCCCCUCGACUCCAACCAGUGGGCGCAGGUCCUACAAUGGCUCUGGUGUGGGAGACGAGGGCAAGUGCUCUGUGGUCAGCUUUAGUUACAUAGAGAAAGCCAGCAUUAAGUCUGUGGACAGCCCCCACAGUGCUGUGUGCCCAAGUGUACCUGAGAACUCUUUCAGUAGAGGUGUGGAGGAGGGGUAUAUGCCUGCCCACCUUAGGAAGAGGCUCAGUGACCCUGUGUGGUCGGAUAGCUCCGGUAGCUCCAGCCCCAAACUGUCCUGUCCCACCUCCGGCAGGUCUCCCAGGAGCUCCCCCUGCCUCCGCAGGGCCACUCUGGACACUGUGGCCAGAGAGGCCACCUACAGGGCCAUGGAGGAAUUUGGCUCCCCGGAACUGAGGCGCAGACUGGCGGCCUACAGCCCAGACAGAAGCCCCAGCCUGCCUCGGUACUACCAACAGCAGCCCCGCUGCCAGUCCUGGGGUGGGUCCCCGGUCCUGCCUAGGGGUGCCAAAACACUGCCAAUCAAUGCACACCUCACAGACUCUGAUAGGAACCGUGGUUUGAAUGGCCUCCCCAGAAGCCCAGCUUCUCACCAGCUCUCUGUUCAAGCCAGGCAGUCCUACUACAACUUCACCAUGUCCCCUUCCAGUGUUAGCUGCCACCAUGGUGUCCAGAACCACAGGCUGUGGCUAGGGGACGAGAGCCCCAGGCUGUCCUCAAAAUGUGGGGACCACAGCCCCAGGUUGGCCUGCAAGUUUGGGGACGAGAGCCCAAGGUUGUCUUCCAAGUUUCGCCCACCAUUACCUGCAGGCAGGCCCACUGCAAUUCAGCAUGAAAUACCAGCAAGCAUGAUUACCAGCACCCCAACCUCUUGCGACCAGAGGGCUAGCAGCCACACACGCCACCGCACUCCUAGCGAUAGCCCCUGCUUACCAAACAAGGUCAACUCCAAACAGUCAGGUCAGUCAAAUGACAGCAAGCUGGGAGAGGGAUUGAACCAGACGAGUGACAGAAGAAGUAACUCCUCAGCCACUAGCCCUCACAUGGCCCGUAAGCUGGCGGAGGACGCAACCAAGCUGUCCACUAUCUUCAUGGACAGGGGGACUCCCUCCCCCACUCUGUCACAGGCUAACUCCACCAGGUCAGAGAGCCCCAAGUCUGGCUACAUCUCCAGGGAGCCUCAACCCUACGCCACCCUCCAGGGCCAGGGUUCUCCAGCACAGCCCCACCCUGAAGCUAACACUCACACACACUUACAGGACCAUAGGUGGACAGACAAGGAGUUUCUUAGAGCUGGACCCCACUCCAGAGAGUCUAGACCAGGUCAAGGACAGGGGCAAGCCUCCCCCCUCCUACUGCAGAAGGGAACCUCCUCCCCUGCUAUGCCAGCUACGCUGCACCUGGUGGUAGCAUCCCACACUCCUAUCAUAGACCCACGGCUGCAGAGAGCUGAGCUGCUGACGAAAGACAGCCCCACCCUGCACCGCCACCAGCCCCCGCAGUACAUGGGAGACCGAGGCUCCCCCAGCCUGGAGAGGAGACCGUAUGACACCCGCUUCGACAGAGGGAGUCCGAGGGACAACCCGGAGAGCAGCAGGCGCCUGAUUAUAGGACUUGACAUGGAGCCGCCAGAGAGCUGGAGCUCCAGGAUGCAGCAGUGGAGGGAGAAUGGGUCCGUUGCGGACAGGGAGGAGUCCUAUAGUGAGAGUCCGACUGCUGAUGUUGAUGAAGUGUAUGUGGUGACCAAGGAGGAGCUGCAGCAGAGAAGGAAUGGUGCAGCUGUGUUGGGGUAUCAGGGGUAUAAACAUGGAGUAAACAGGGAACAGAGGGGGGAGACCCAGGACCAUAGUGGGGCACUGGGGUUCUCCCAAAGCUCCAGUGGAGUGACAGGCAGUCUGGGGGAGAGCACUCAGCCAGAAAGGGACUGUCUCUCUCCAGAGACAUCCAGCCAGUCCAGCCAGAAGAGCAAUGACACUGAAGAGACAGCAUCUGGGAUGCAGUCGGAAAGCGGAUCCUCUGUGCUGGGCCCAUCCUUGCACUCCCAGAAGAUUGCCCGUGCCAAAUGGGAGUUCCUGUUUGGACAGCCCAUAGAGGACAGCCAUGAUUCUAAAGAUUCCUCUCAAGCCCCCCCGAGUGGGACCUCCAGUGAGUCUCCCUUGCCCACCUCCUCCCUGCUCCUGAAGCCCACAGGUCACUGGAGGGGAUGGGAUGAUGAGAGUCAGAGUUUAUCCUAUCACGAUGUCCAGCAGGUGGUGGAUUUGGUGACUCUGCCCCCGGUCACUGUGGUUGGCUUCUCGCCCAAGACGGGCAUCAUCCGGAGAGCCAUCAACUACGCUGAGACGGACUUAGAUGCUGUGCCCCUGAAAUGCUAUAGGGAAACAGACCUAGAUGAGGUGAUAUUGGCUGAGGCCGAGAGAGAGCAGGAGGAGGUAGACUCCGCCUUUGGGAGUAACCGCAGUGUGCUCGGCACCUCUGCCUCCAGCGCCAGUACCAUAGUACGCACUGACGGAGAGGAGGACGAGCUGGAGGAGGACGAGCUGGAGGAGGAAGAGGAGGAGGUGGUGAGCUGGGCCAGUGUGAGGAUGCAGGGGGAUAAGAAGAGACAGCAUGCCACCCAGGAGGACAAUCAGGUGUACAGUCUGCUGCUGAAGGGGUGA